UAGUCUCUAAGGUGCCACAAGUACUCCCGUUCUUUUCACCAACAUCAGUUGUCUUACUGAAUAUCAUAUUACAGAUUGCACAAACAAACCACCUGUAUGACUGCAACUAAUUUGCUGUAAUUCCAAACACUCCAAUCUAAGGCCUGGUCUAGUCACAUUUUUAUAUCAGUUUUAUCUGAUUAGAAUAUAUAAUUCAAUGAGCACAAAUGUAGAUAGUCUGUUUACAGAAAUAAACUGUAUCAUGGUAAGCACCUUUAUACUGUAUAACUGCCUCCCCAUGAGGGGUUGUGCUGAUUUCUAAACAGAUAUUAAAAUGGUAUAAAUGCUAUGUGUAGACAAGCCUUAAGAACCAGGUCUUUCCCAUAUUCCUGUGAGAAAAGAAGACUUUGCAGCAUGCCUGUAAGAUUACUAAAUCCAGGACUUAGUAUAAGACAAGUGAUUAUUUAGUGGUAAUUACUAUCAUGGGAAGAUAACUGUCUUGCAAGUGAAAAACAAAUACCUGUGAACUGUUCCUGAAGCAUCCUGAUACUUUAGUGGCUUUGUAAAGAAGUAGAAGACACAUAAAUAACAUUAUCUGUUUGGUUCAUUGACAGAAACUGUAGACUGUUUUUGUCAGCAUUAGAGGAAUGCACAAUGCAUUCAAAAAACCUUUGCAUAAAGUAGAAGUUUGGGUCCACAUCAAGUUUAAACUGAUGGGGGGGGGGAGGAUUCCAUCUGAAUUAUUGUUGUUGGUUUUUUAUAUUUGUGAAGUGUAGUUUCAGUUAAGUGGUGGUUAAAUUAUUUCUAGUUUAUCAAGAUGUUGUAAAAUCAAAUUAUUUUUAUUAAAUAAAUGGCAGAUGGAGAGAAUUUAAGUAUUGGUUAGCAUAAUCCAUUUACCUUUUAGGUAUGUAUUCCAUAAUCCUUUACCAUGUCUGAAGAAAUAGCUUAGAUCAGCAGUCCAAUCUCAUUCGAUUUUGCAGCAAAGUCUUAAUUCUGAACGCUGAGUUGGAAUUGCUUCCAUAACAGUGUAUUGUGAUGUGUCAGACUUCACUCAGGGCCUGGGCUCUGAAGAGAAGUCUUCUUCAGUAUCAAAAUGCAAACUGAGAAACCCUGACCAGGCACAUUUCUUCAACUUUUUUCUUUGCUUCAGUGUAAAAGUUCAACUUUAAAGAAUGGCGAGGAGGACUAGGCAAACUGAUUUAUGAUUCCACUCUGCAAGUUGUUGAUAACUUCCUGCAAAGUGCUAUGUAUGCUCAGCCAUCUGUGAAUUUAUUGGGAAUUGAGGGUGAUCAGGACCUACUUCCACUGUCACCACCUUCACACUAGUCAAUACUGGUAAAGAUUAGAAUUAUCUAACUAGUAAACUCUUAAUGAACCUAGAUUCUGGGUACUUGUGAUUCCCUGUCGCCACAGAAUCUGAGCACCUCAGAAACAUUAAUAAUUUGCUCCUCAUACCAUUCCUUCUGAGAUAAGAAAGUAUAUUCUUACUUUUUUUAACAGGUGGGGAAAAUAAGCCACAAUGAAACUAAAUGACUUCCCAAAGUAUCACGUGAACUCUAUGGCAGAGCUGAACACACAUCUGAGUUUCAGUGCUGGUCCUUAACAACAGGAUCCUUUCUUUCAGUAAUUAGCAUUUCCCUCCCCGUGAAGUUUCUAAUAUUCAUCUAGUCCUAGUUGUUCCCCUUAAACAUACCUACUCUGUUUUUUCAGAUACUACCCAUCCCUUUCAAAUGUUUCCCAGUUCCUCUGCAAUCUAUUUUUUAGAGCUUUUCACUACAACAUCAUAGAGACACAGUACAAAUUGUGUUGCAUUUUGAAACUUCAGUGCUAGACUUGGAACAUUGAUGGUUUUGGGGAUGUUCUUGUCUGCACGCUGUAUGAUGCCUCUUUUGGCCCUCAGGAGACUUUAUUGUUCCUAUAAAGACCAUCCUGGUCUUUUUUUUCCCCCCAAUUAAACUCUCUAUGGGAUGCUGCUUUUCUUCUUCCUGUUUUAUAGCAGGAGACACCAUAUUUUGAACUGAAGUGAAUUAAACUUAAUAGUGAAAGAGUACUUGAUGUAAUAAAGCCUUUUGUUUUUUGUUCUGUUUGAUUUCCAGCCUUCAGGGUUUAAGCGUAAAGUACAAUGCCUUUCUUUUAGUUUUAUUUUAGAUAAAUAAUUUACAUUUUUUUUAGGGAAGGUGUAAAAACACCAAUACAAAAAGUAGUUUUUGGUGGUUUUAAUCAUUUAUAUGGAUAUGAAAUAAUGCAGGAAAGUUAGGAACUCCUUUAGUAUUUUAUAACCUUUUUUUUGAUACUUGUGCAGUAUCUUUUAAGAAAACUGCUGAAUCUUUCUAAAAGGUAUUAUCAAAAAUAUUUCUAAUUAUAGCUUUGCUUUAUGGUAGGGGAGGAUAAAACAUCAAAGUUAAAGAUCUGACACUGCUAGAUGUUGAAGUUCUCUGGCUGGAGGCCCAGGAUAGCUCAAAAGUUUUGGUGCAAGCUUUCCCAUACUGCCCCUCCAAUAACCUUGGUCUUGAUGUUAUAGAAAUUACAAUUUAACAUGAAGAACUGCAAGGCAUGAAUACCUCUGACUGUAAUAGCUCAGCAUUCUUUACUGUCUGUAUUGUCUUGGUGCCUAGAUAGGGAGGCAAAGAUGAAUGUGACAGGAAAUGCCAGUUACUUCCAUUAUUAAUUGGAUUGACUCCAUAAUUAAAUUACAUACUUAAGCUUAAACUGGGGCCAUCAAUUUCUAUUUUUAUUUUGUGUAGGUGGCGUUUCAGAUUGAAAUUUCAAUGUUUGUUUUUACGCCCUUUGAAUCUUCUGUGUCGGGUUUGUUAGAUUUUUGCAUAAUAUCCUUUUAAUAGGAAAUGUUUCAAGUUGGGUUUUUGGCAGAAAUUUAUCAUGAUUUUCAUGUUAUGUCAUCAUCGUAUCUUUAAAACAAGAGUUUAAGUCUACACAAAAUUGGUAGAGAUUAAUCUUGAGUAGGUCCAGUACUAUAGGUAGUUGAUUAAAAGAAGUAUUUAGCGUUAAAGGAAUUUUUUUUAUUCACUUUUUCUUCAUAACUGAAAGUUUAUUUGUCAAGGGCUGGUGAGUAAAAUCUCCUCCAGAGAAACUCAUAAAGAAAUUGCUUCAAAAUGGCUGCCAUGUCCCAUUGUUGUUAACAUAGGACCGAGGCCACAGGCUGGCUUCAGGCUAAAAUGGCCUCUAAUUCUUUACAGUUUGGGCAGGAGGAAGCUUUGGCUUCCCCUAGCAAAGAUGGCCAAUUCCUUCUGUUGAUCCCAAUGGCAACUAGCCAGGCUGCCUUUAGGGAAGGAGGAGACAGAGGGAGGUAUUGUGAGGAACAGUUGAUGUCGAGGAGGUAAAAUCCAAGAGCAGGAAGGGAAACUGGAGGAGUGUUUGUGUCCAGGGGAAUGUGGUGGGCAAUGGGAAUGGUGGAAUGUGUGGAGGAGAAUCUGAGGGGCAGGAGACGGAUGUGGGCACAUAAGGAAGAAUGAGGGAUAGGAGAUGAGGGGGAAGGGAGGACAAAUAUGGGAGAGGGGCACGAAUGGAACAGAAGACUGAGAUGGUCACUGUUGUGAUCGGGAAGGGAAUGUGGAAGGCUAUAAUGGCAGCUUUACCACUUAGAAGAGGGUAAGUGGCUUUCUCCCUCCAAGCAAACAUGAGGCAGUCUUAAAUUUGCAUUUAAGGUUGAAUUUUGAAUCUGAGAUAUUGUGCACAAAUUGUGGAUGAGGAAACUCCCCGUUACAUUUUCCUCUGCCUUCUGAUGUUUGAACAACAUAAUUUUUCUCUUAAUCGUGUGAUUUUUUUUAAGUCUCAUGAUGUUUAGGAAUCUGAUUCCAGAUGUAUGCAUGGUUGCUUGUUAAUACUGCAUCUGUCACCCUCCUUCAUUCCUCCCACUGCAAUUUCUGAUUCUCUCUUCACCCCCAAUCUCUUCAGCCUCAGAAUCGAGACCAGUAGCAAACUUCCCAUAGAGUGUGAUAAAAUAGUUCCCCAGGUGGCAAACUGGGGGAAGUUUGUCAGAUCCAGGGGUUGUUCAGUAAUGGAGCUCAGAAUUAUAUGCUUUUCUGGGGAGCUUGCCUGCCUGUUUCCCUUUCUCUUUCAUGUCCUAGGACCUGGAAAGCUACAGAGGAAGGCUCCUUUUUGGUGGACCAUUGGAAGUUUAUUGGCCUGAGAUAGCCAUCUGUUAUCAUUCCAAGUUUGGGUGAGCCUGGAAAUGAAGAAAGAAGAGAGUAGAGUUGUAUUUAAAAUGGAAGUUGACAUAAAUGGAGAGACCAGAACUACCAUAGCUACGCUUCCCUUACCUAUUGCAGAGGUGAGUUCCACAGGCAAAGUGGAAGCAGAGAAACCUCGAUGCUCCAGCACCCCAUGCUCUCCUAUGCGACGGACUGUUUCAGGUUAUCAGAUCCUUCACAUGGAUUCUAACUACUUGGUUGGCUUCACAACUGGUGAGGAGCUCUUGAAAUUAGCCCAGAAGUGUACAGGAAGUGAGGAAAAUAAAGUGGAAGCUGUGCCCACCGUGCGCUCGAAACAACUUGAUUCAGGACUUACACGUUCCUCACGGUUGUACAAAGCUAGAAGUAGAUACUACCAGCCAUAUGAGAUCCCAGCUGUAAAUGGAAGGAGGAGAAGACGGAUGCCCAGCUCAGGGGAUAAAUGCACUAAGGCUUUACCAUAUGAACCCUAUAAGGCACUUCAUGGUCCUCUGCCUCUUUGUCUCCUCAAAGGUAAGAGGGCUCACUCUAAAUCCCUGGACUACCUCAAUUUAGACAAAAUGAACAUCAAAGAACCUGCUGACACAGAAGUGUUACAAUACCAGCUCCAGCACCUUACCCUAAGAGGGGACCGUAUGUUUGCUAGAAACAACACAUGAACUACCAUGUGGAAAUAAAGCCAACUCCUGGUAAUUUCUUCAUUGCUGCAAAUAUCCACUGUUGGACUAUGUACAUGACUGUCCACAUUGUAGGUGGUUGUAUCAGCUAAGUGUUAUCAGAACUUUAUUUGAAUACAAUUUUGAACACUCAAAAUGUCUCAAAUAUUUGGAGGAAAAAAUCUUUUCAGAGAGAGUAACUUCUGAAGAAAAUCUGACUGCAAUUGGUGGACAUUUCUUUGGGACGCUUUUUAACAAAGAAAAGGCUUUUGUACAGGUAUCUAGUAUUUACAGUGAUUUGACACUCAGAAAUUGGUGAUGGUGUCUACUUAGUUGUUGCUAAUUUGGCUUGCUAUUGGAAGUUGCUGUUGAAUAAGCAUCAAGUUUUCCUUUUGUUAUUUUCUGUACUUUACAAUAAAAUGUAUGUAUGGUAAUGGUUUGUUGUAUUACAGAAAAGAAUGUGAACCUGGCUGAAUUGGACCACUUGUUAUUUAAAACAAUCGAGUUUAAACAUUUUGAAACUGGGUCUGCGCUAGAAAAAAGUUUCACUGAUGCAAAUGAACAAAGGUUUAUUUUUACUUAAAAUUAUUGAACAGUUAUUUUUAGUUGCACAUGGGAAUAGUUGCUUUUCUUCUUUCUUUCUCUGUUUUAAAAACUUUGGUUAAAUAAGUAUUUGGAAUAUUUUUUAAAAAAAGAACCAUUCUGGAAGUAAAUAUUUUCAUUACAUUUUAAGAGGAUUUAAUGUAAUAAUUUUGGGGGGUUUUACAUUGUCUUGAUAUAUAAAAAAGGACCCACUUUCGAUUCCAGUAUAUAGAUUAGAAUGUCUACAUCAGAAAGUAGUAUUGAAUGAAAUUUUUGAUUUGUAAAUCAUAAUUCAUAUUACAUAUGUACUUAUGGAAGGUGUUAAAAACACAACUUUAGCACUGCACUGGAAAUUCCAGUUAUUUGCAGCACCGAACACUUUUAAAAAUUAAAAAUCCAGAUGCCUGAAUUAGGUUGAAGGCGUAGGUACAGUGCUUUUAUAGCAGCCUUGAAGUGCUGAAUCUGGAUUUAACAAUUUAUAUCAAAUGCACUGGCUUAAUUUGUUGCUUAAGAAAUCAUGUCCAACCAUGAUAGGAAAUGCAAUUUUAACUAUUGCAAACUUAAAUAUAUUUGGAAAAUAUAUAUAGCUUGCCUUUGGAAAAGUACUAUUUUUCAUUCUGUCUUUUUUUAAAGGUGCAAGUUAUUACUGACGCAGUGUGCAACCAUGCUUGUUUUUGCUCAGCAAGUUAUUUAGAAGUUAAAGAUUUAAAUAAGCACCAUGUAUAUGAAGUAGAAAUUAUUUUUAAUUGGUCAGUCAUUCCUGGCACAAUUCUGAUUUUCUUCAGAAAGAAUGGAAAGCACUAGUGCAGAGUGUGUGUUGUGGAAAAACAAGAAUUCUUGUCAUUCUUUCACUUACUCCACAGUUGUAUUUGGCUACAGUAAAGAGCCUGUGGAUAGUUUGCAUUCUACUGGUUUGGUUGAUUAUUUUUAUUUAUUUAUUUAUUUAUUUUAAAGGUAUGUUACGAAUCUUUACAGCUGAUGUAUACUUUAAAGUAAACUGCACCUCUGUAAACUUAUUGUAUUGAAGAAUGAUCUCUAAACUAUUCCUAUAUAGUCUCUAGUUUCACGAACAGAAUACUGUCAGAUGCCAAAGAGAGAUGGGUUUUAUGUUUAAUGAUUAAACAUCACUAUUUAUUGAUUUUUACCCUAUGAAACUGUAUUUCUGGCUAUGAAAUAAAAGAGUGAUGUAAAUA